UUCUUUCUCUCAGAGACUCUUGGCUGAGACCAUCUAACAGGAUGCUGAGCCUCAGCUCCCUGUUUCUGCUCCUGCUUUGCUCCGCUCAGCUCUCUGCUCAGGAUGUGCUGGUGCGACUCGCAGGUGUGGGCCGACGCGGUCCUAACGAGGGCCGUGUGGAGGUCUUCUAUAACGGAGCCUGGGGCACAGUCUGUGAUGAUGAGGUGGACCUCAGUCUGGCCAGUGUGGUCUGCCGACAGCUGGGCUUCCAGCGUGGCCUCACAUGGGCACACAGUGCCAAGUUUGGUGAAGGACAAGGUUUGAUCUGGCUGGACAAUGUAAUGUGCACAGGCACAGAGCAGUCCAUUGCAGAGUGCCGCUCCAAUGGUUGGGGAAUCAAUGACUGCUCUCAUGGUGAGGACCUGGGUGUAAUUUGUAGCCCUGAGAGGAGGCCAGGCUUCCCUCCUGCAACAAUGGAUGAAACCUCUUACACCCAGUCCCGACAAAGGGGUCCUGAACCUGUGGCGCCUCCGGCCGAACCCGCUCCCCCCGCCCACAACCCCUCACGGGGCCACCAAAUUGCCCUUCAUCGUGGGACAACUUCAUCGCGCCGUAGCAGCCUGUCGCCGCAGCAAAACGGACACGAGAUCCAGAUCCUCCGCAGGCAGCGAGGAGGCUCCAGACCAGGGCAACAGACCAACUCAGCUGUGCCACAGGGGCACCAGUUGCCAUCUCGCCUCAUCAACAGCGCUGCUUACAGGCAGAGACAUGACACUACAAGGACCGCUCCACAGGCAGUGAGACGAGAGGCGGAGGGCCAAGAUAACAGACCCCCAGCCCAUUCACAGCUGCAGUCUGAGAGACGUUCCAACAGACAGCCCCUCAGUGGGAACCAUGUGGACCCUGAACCUGUUUAUCCAGAUGCAGGAUAUGAGACGGACUACACACAGGGGGCAGAGAGGGCUCAUUUGGAGGAGGUUCGUCUUCGGCCCGUGUUGACCGGCAAUCAUGGCGGUCUGGUCACAGAGGGGGUGCUGGAGGUCAAACAUGCUGGAAAAUGGCGUCACGUGUGCAACCACGGAUGGGACCAGAGCAGUAGCCGUGUGGCCUGUGGUAUGCUGGGAUUCCCUGCUGCAGAGGCCUUGGACACGAACCCCUACAAGAAACUGUGGGACUCCAAAUUAUCAGAUCCAUCUUCCAGGCUUAGGAGCUUGAUUUCUAAGAAGGCUUACUGGGUGGAGAAGGUCCAGUGUCAGGGAGUGGAGCCCUCUCUGUCGAAAUGCCAGGCCCAGCUGUCUCUGCCCCGGACGGACGUGCCCUGUCGCGGGGGCAUGCACGUGGUCGUCCGCUGUGUCCCUGGGUCCCAGUUCACGCGCUCCGGCAGAUCUCCACCUCCUCCCCCUUCACCUCCAGCUGUACGUCUGAAGUCCGGGCCCAGGCUUGGAGAGGGCCGGGUGGAGGUCCUAAGAGAGGGCAAAUGGGGAACCAUCUGUGACCAUCUGUGGGACAUCAGUGCUGCCAGCGUGGUCUGCAGAGAGCUGGGCUUUGGGACCGCUAAAGAGGCCCUGGGACAGGCUCAGCUAGGACAGGGUACCGGUCCCAUCCACAUGAACAGUGUCCAGUGCACAGGACGUGAGAGGACCAUCACAGAAUGCUCCUACAGACCUGUGCCGCUGUAUACCUGCAAACACAACCAGGAUGUGUCUGUGCGAUGCAACGUGCCCACCACUGGGCUACAAGCUACGGUGCGCUUGGCUGGAGGGAGGGAGCGGUCAGAGGGUCGGGUGGAGGUGCUUAUGGACAUUGGAGGUGUGAAGCGAUGGGGUUCAGUGUGCAGCGAAAACUGGGGUAUCAAUGAAGCCAUGGUCGUGUGUCGACAGCUGGGUCUUGGCUUUGCGUCCAAUGCUCACCAGGAGACGUGGUACUGGCCUAGCUCUGCAGAUGCUAGAGAGGUGAUACUGAGCGGGACUCACUGCAUUGGCAACGAAAUGUCCAUCCAACAAUGUCGUCGAAACACAAAUGUCUACUGUCCCAGAGGAGGAGAGGGCCGGGCUGCAGGAGUCACUUGUGUAGAGGCGGCCCCUGAUCUGGUGGUGGAUGCUCAGUUGGUCCAGGAGACAGCAUACUUGGAGGACCGGCCCCUGCACCUGCUCACCUGCGCCCAAGAGGAGAACUGCCUGUCGUCCUCAGCGGCGCGCAUGCACUGGCCAUAUGGACACCGCCGCCUGCUGCGCUUCUCCUCACGCAUCAUGAACGUGGGACAGGCCGACUUCAGGCCACGGGCCUCCAGGGAGGACUGGGUCUGGCACCAGUGUCACAGGCACUACCACAGUAUUGAAGUCUUCACCCACUAUGAUCUAUUGACACUCAAUGGGACUAAAGUUGCCGAAGGCCACAAAGCAAGUUUCUGUCUGGAGGACACUUACUGCCCUGAAGGCCUCCAUAAGCGCUAUGCCUGCUAUAAUAUGGGACAGCAAGGCAUCUCUGUGGGCUGCUGGGACACGUAUCGCCACGACAUUGACUGUCAGUGGGUCGAUAUCACCGAUGUCCGUCCGGGCGAGUACAUCUUCCAGAUUGAGGUGAAUCCUUCUUUAGACAUGGCAGAGUCCGACUUUCAGAACAAUGUGAUGCGGUGUCGGUGCAAGUACGAUGGAGCUCGAGUUUACAUGUUUGGCUGUCACGCAGGCGACGCUUAUAGCGCAGAGGUGGAGGAUUUGUUCGACCAUCAACGUCAGAUUUCAAACAACUUCCUGUGAACCCAAAUAUAAUGAUGAAAACAGCUGAGUACACCUCAAGAUGCAAAGGGAAAAUCUGACCUGGGCAUAUAUGGGUGUUUAAACAAACAGGGACCUAACACGUUUGCAGAGACUGUUUCUGCAAGUCAAGAACUUGAAAAUAAGAAACUGAGAAUUCGGGCAAACAUGGUGUCAUUGUGGUGAAAGUAGAGUAACUUACAUUUUUACAUUUUACAAAUAUACUCCCUUGAUUAAAACAAAAUCAUGUUGAAUACAGUAAUAACAAAAAGGAAUAUGACAUCCCUUUCAUUAAGUUGAGAGACAGAUAGUGUCUAUUGUCAUUUUCUUUCACUGUUCAUUUCAAAAUGUAGUACAUCUAAUUUUGUGAUCUGGUUUUGUUGUUUUUAUUUCAUGGUGCUAUUUUGCCGUAUUUGAAUAAAUAUUGUGAUGUAAUGCAA